AUUUCUUUGAAACCUAACUGAAGAAAUUUGUAAAAAUAAGUGACACAUAUAUAUUCGCUGUUCGUUUGUGUGCCGCGCAUUUAAUGCCAUUAACUUUAGCGCUGUUCUCGUGGGAACUGUGUCAGCGAGAGAACGAAUCAGAAAACUGUUAUAGAUAGACCGCAGUCAGCAGCAGUUAAACCGAAAGUAGCUCAUUCAGAACACGCCAAGAUGGUCGAGGGACGUGAAAAGUGGAGCCGAAAUGUGGAAUAUUUGUUGGCCACUGCCGGGUACGCAGUUGGUUUAGGAAACGUAUGGAGAUUCCCGUACCUGUGUUACAAAAGCGGCGGAGGGGCGUUCCUGCUCCCAUUUCUCAUCAUGCUGGUCCUGUGUGGGAUCCCUCUGCUCUACAUGGAGAUGGCGGUGGGCCAGUUGACACAGCAGGGGCCAAUAGGGGCCAUCAACAGGCUCUGCCCUUUUUUCAAAGGAGCUGGGCUUGCCACAGUUGUGAUCUCCUUCUUAUUUACGACCUACUACAACGUGAUCAUUUCGUGGGCGUUCUACUACAUGUUCAGCUCGUUCACCUCAACUCUGCCUUGGGCCGACUGCAAUCAUGACUGGAACUCUGAACAUUGCUUUGACGGGGCCAAUAAAACAAUAUUGGACCCAAUUACCAAUGCAACGAUAAUCGUCCCUCGUUCAAACGAUAGCCUCUCCCCAACGGAAGACUUCUUUGAACAGCGUGUUCUUGAAAAGACUUCCGGCAUCGAUGAGCCGGGCGCCCUACGUUGGGACCUCUCUCUCAUUCUGCUCAUGUGCUGGAUACUCGUCUACUUUUGUAUAUGGAAAGGACCACGAUUCACAGGAAAGGUGGUGUAUUUCACUGUGACAUUCCCAUACCUCGUCCUUGUCAUACUGCUGGUACGAGGCCUCACACUGCCAGGGGCCAUAAAUGGGGUCCUCUACUUUGUUGUUCCACGAUGGGAACUCCUCAAAGAUGCAAAUGUGUGGGUAGCUGCUGCGGCUCAGACUUUCAACUCCCUGGGAAUUGCCUUCGGUGGCAUCAUCACCAUGUCCAGCUAUAACAACAAAAGCCACAGAAUCCUCAAAGAUGUGCUGGUCAUAGGCAUAGUGGAUGCGUUAACAUGUAUCCUUGCGGGCUUGGCUAUAUUCUCCAUACUGGGAUACCUGGCUUAUAACCAGGGCAUGGAUGUGGAAGAUGUUAUCAAGGAAGGUCCCGGCCUGGUGUUCGUGAUCUACCCUGCGGCGUUUACCAGUAUGCCCGUGUCCCAGCUCAUCUCUGUUUUGUUCUUUCUCAUGCUUGUUACUCUGGGAAUCGACAGUCAGUUUGCAUCUGUGGAGGUAAUAGUGACCACCAUACAGGACCAUUUUGGUCUCCAAGUGAAGAAGUACCUAAGGAGGAAGGAGAUACUGGUCCUGGUUGUCUGCAUUGUAUCCUACCUAUGUGGCCUUCCUAAUGUUACUCAGGGUGGAAUCUAUUUCUUCCAACUGAUUGACUACUAUGCAGCUGCCAUGUCCCUUAUGUACCUGGCGUUCUUCGAAGUCAUUGCAAUCACAUGGUUUUAUGGUGCUAGACGUCUUGCAAAAGACAUUGAGAAGUCCAGCGGGGCUGCGCCACCCAUUUUCUUCGUUAUAUGUUGGUACUUCAUUUCACCGCUCCUCAUUCUGGGCAUCUGGAUAUUUAGCCUGGUUCAGUACAAGCCGUUCUCCAUGGCCGGGUAUGAGUAUCCUACCUGGGCCACAGUGCUGGGCUGGCUGCUAGCCGCCAUGUCCAUUGUGUGUAUUCCAGCUGGAAUGGUGCACACUGUGAUCUCAACUAAAGGAAAUUCCUUGUGGGAGAAGUUCCGUAAUUCACUGAAACCUCUUGACCAACCUGAGGAAGAACCUCUCCACAUGGAUUCGUUACAGAAUGGGAAAUUACUUUCUGAGAAUGGUCAUUUGACCAAUGGGACGGCGAUGUUCAACCAUACAGGAGACAAUGUCUACCCCAAACUAGACAGUGAGGUGGAGCCCCUGAAUUAUCAUUAAGUGUAAUGGUAAAUGAUUUGUAUUACCGGUGGACAAUUUUCAACUAUUUGUUUAAAACUUGAAUAUCAUAAUUAUCUAUUUAUCUUUAGCAUUUGUUUUUAAUGCAAAGCCAGCGAAAAUUAUUUUUAGAUUCUUAUCCAUAUUAUAAAAGAAGCUGGUGGACACUUUUGUUAUCAUUUUUAUAAAAAAUAAUUUGUGGUAUGCUUAUUUAUUGUUGUUCUUUUUUGUAAAAUAAAAAAGUAUGGGCGAGUGGUUUAAGGCAAAUGGGGAUGAAAAUCUAAAUUUAUCUCAUGCUAGUUUAAAAAUUUGAAGUACCACAUUUAAAUUAUUUUUCACUUGUUCAACCUAUGAACUUGUGGGCUGUCAUUACUGAUUGCUGUUGAUGUUUUUGACACAUUAAUGUCAAGAACACUGAUGCCCUUAUUGAUGAAAUAUAAAAAGUACUGGACUUUUUAAUUAAGCCUUUCCAUAUUAUAUGGUGAAAUCAUUUUACGAGUUCUGAUAAACAAAAAGGUGAAUUUUGGAUUCUUGGAGAUCUGGGCCCAUAUUAUUUUGAUAUUUCAAACUACAGUCAAAACUCAUUGGCUCGAUAUUGCUUGGCUCGAUAUCCUUGUUGGCUCGAACUGGAUUAAAAGGACCAAUUUGUUUUACUAUAUGUUUAAUACAAAAUUCAAUCGGAUGACUCGAUAUUUCAAGGGUGAAUUUUCACCAUGCUCAAUGUCAUUUUCAUGGUCACUAGGAAGAAUUUUACGCUUUGUUUUGUUUGCUUCGCUCGAUGUUAUUUUCGUGGUCUCAGGGAAGAAUUUCAUACCUUAAUAAGUUUGCUUUGCUCCAUUUUGCGCAAGGUGCUUAGAUUUGCUUGGUUGGUAUGAUAACUAUUAUUAAUUGAAGCUGGCUUAACAGUUUGAGAGUGGACGUAAAUCUAAAAAGAAAAUUGCAGAUAACCAGCAUUCCGCAGAGCAAACUUUUAAUUUGGUUGAAAAACAAAGAACACAUUAGAACCAGAUUCAUCACUGGUGACAUAGAGCCCGAGCGCAUGCUAGUGAGGAAUUAUGUAAAUUUGCUAUCUAUGUGUUUUGUUUAUAUUUUAUGACCUACGUUUAUUGUUUACAUAUAUAUAUAUAUAUAUAUAUAUAUAUGUUAAUAUUUUUUAUUUUUUUGUGUUAAUAGAUCAGAAAAACCCCCAUAUGGUAUUCAACAAGUUAAACAUGACUUUAUUUAACGUUUAAAGGAAAAAUACACAUUCGGUAAGCAUUCCUGCUUGGCUCGAUAUUCGCGAGGCUGGAAGUAUUUUGGCCGGUCCCUAGCACAUAAGGUCAUUUCACGUCCAUUUUCAAUUGAAAUAAAUAGCAAAUAAAUUUAUUGAAUUACUCUGUUUAAAGGAUGCUAGCAUAGAUGGGAUACAGGCAAAAAAAUCAGGUAUAAAAUCUUUAAGGUGCACAAUAUAGGUUGAUAACAAAAAUGUGUUUUAACUUUUAAUGCAUAAUCAUUUUUAAUGCAUUAUAAUCAUGUUUAACUCAUUUGACUUUGAUGAUAAAAAAACCCCAUAAGAUUUAGGCAUAGAUUAAAAAAAUAAUUGCGAAAUUUUGGGAAUUCGUGGCCUCAUAGCUAUUAAUUAAAAAAAACAUAUAUAAAGGUUAAUAUUUAGUUAUCUGUACCUAAAUCAUUUGCUUUUUUAUCAUUAAAGUGAAAUGAGUGCAGCAACCUUCCAUUACACUUAAGCUUAAACUCUCUAUGUAUAUAUAUUCUCCUUGUGUAAACCAAAGGGAAUACAAAUGUAGCACUAGCACAUUGUUACUGUGUAUGCUUACCUUCCUUAUGGAGGACAUAAAUAUUGUAAUACUUGCAUGAGACAUUUUGUGUACCACUAUUAUUAAUAUGUUCUGUAUUGCCCACCUCAUGUAUGAUUUUUUUUUACACAGUCAUGAAUUACCACCAACUUCUUAAGAAGUGCAGAACUUUACAGAUGUCAUACUUAAUGUAUGUAUUGAUGUUAUUAAGUAUCCACCGAAUACAUGCAAUUAUCAUAUAUUAUCAUUUAUUUAUGUCUUUACCUGUGUUACGUAUUUGUUUGUACUUAUUUGUAAUUUAUAUAUGUCUUGGCCGUUGUGAACUUUUAAAGGUGAACUUUUUGAUGAUGUGCUCGUAAAUUCAAAAAAACAAGUACAGCUAAAACAGUUGUCUCAACUCUUGUUAAGGAAUGAAUUGCGGGGUUGAUGUCAUUAUCGGGGUAUGAACGCAAUUGGGCUGAUCUGAGUGUGUGCAUUCCUUAUAUUCCUUAUAUUUACACCAAUAGAUCAUUAUUUCAUUCAAGAAGCGUUAAAAAAAUACUUCAUUUUAUUAAGGAUAACCUUUAAGUAAGCCUUUCUUACCAAUUCUGUAAAAAGGAUGACCCGACUGAAACCGGGAAAAGAUCAACCACUUGAAAUCACUUUUAAACGUAAAAUUGAAACACUUUUGGCAACAAUACGUUUAAAAUACAAUAACUUAACACUUUCUAAAAUGUUGAUUUAUAUUUUACGGGACCUGCUGACACAAUACGAACAAUAACAAGAUCAAUAGUGUUCAUGUAUAUUGUUAUGCGAUGAAUUGCGAUCCGAACAUAUCCGAAGGUGUUGCGUUCAUUGAUUGAUAAACGCAAUUGCCGAAAGGCAGUUCAUUUAAGGAAUGGAAGUUGAGGUGUAAAUAUUUAGGAAUACUGCAGAUUUUCAUGAAACUUCCAGAGCAAUACAGAUUUGAAAGUUAACAACAAUGACAAUAAUAAAAUUGUUAACUCUAACAAAGUUUUGAACACUCUGUCCAAUGUUUAUAAAUGUUUAUAAAUGGACAAAGGCAAUUUAUGUGGAUUAUCAAUAAACUCUGAAACUGUUGUCUGUUUAUCAGAUGUGUUCAUUACAAUCAUUAAAAAAUGGUGGAUGAGUGUAAGAAAUUGUUUGUUCAAAAUUUACAUGAAAAAUACAUGUUAACUUGGUGAAGACAUUAAUUAUUUCAUUUUUUACAAUGGACAGUUUACUGUUGUAUUUAGAAAUAACAGAUCAUGCAGGAUGAUAAAUUGUACUAUUAUAGGUUUUCUAGGUUGCUUGAUCUCUAAAUUCGUGAUCAUGAAAAUACUCAAUUAUGCCAAGACCUCUUAGCUGCAGAUUGUGUCUGUCAAUGUGAAUAUGCUGCAUUUGUAUAUUACAUUGUGUUUCAUCUAUGCCUUUUGAAAUGAUGACGAAAAAGAAGUUAAAUUCAAAAACAUCAUAUUAUACAUUAUUUGUUCAAAAAUAGGUCAAAAUUACCCAUGAUGUCAUUGUACCAGUAAUUGUUACCGUAGUCAAAAAUAGUGUUCAGUGAAACAGUUUGUUUGUCUUAUGAGUAAAAUCCUAUUUAUUUUGUAAUCAAAAGGUCAGAGUAUUAAUUGAAUUACAUUUGUGCUCUUAUUCCUAUACAUUUUAUUACUGAAAAUCAUCUUCAACUAUUAUAAUUGUUCAGUUACCUAUUUUAAGGCAGCUCCAUUUCAUUGUUUAGACAUGCUGAAAGAUCAUCAAAACGAUUUAAUUAUAAGAUAUUUUAUUGUGUUUUAUACGAUAUACUAUAGUAUUUUAUAGGAUAAAUUUAUAGAAUAUUUUAUUGUAUUUAAUAUGAUAUUCUGUACUUUUUUAUACGAUAUUCUAUAGUAUUUUAUAGGAUAUUUAAUAGAAUAUUAUAUUGUAUUGUAUUUAAAAAAAUAUUCUAUUCAAUUUUAUUGGUCAUUUUUUAGGAUAUUUUAUUGUACUACAUAUUUUGUAAUAAUUUCUGUUUGAUUUUAUUGGAAUAAAAUGUUCUUUUUGCAAAAAUGACAGCAAGUUAAUGACUGUUUAAAAUGAAAUCAAUUUGAUAAAUAAAUGA